UGGGACCACCCCCAAAGGAAAUGACCUCCAGAGUUCAUAUGGGACAACCCACCAAAGGAACUGGCCUCCAGGGUCCAUAUAGGACCACCCACCAAAGGAACUGGCCUCCAGGAUCCAUAUGGGACAACCCACCAAAGGAACUGGCCUCCAGGAUUCAUAUGGGACAACCCACCAAAGGAACUGACCUCCAGAGUCCAUAUGGGACAACCCACUAAAGGAACUGGCCUCCUGGGUCCAUAUGGGACCACCCACCAAAGGAACUGGCCUCCAGGGUCCAUAUGGGACCACCCACCAAUGGAAUUGGCCUCCAGGGUCAAUAUGGGACUCAUCUAGAUUGGACCUUCUUCCUUUCGUCAUGUCCAGCACUGGAUCUUCUUCCCCACACAGUCCAACCUCAUUCAUUCCCGUCCGGGUUACAGACCUGGAACCGACCAAUGAUGAGCUGGCUCUGCAACAACUGGAGUCACAUGAUGUCUCUGUCGCCAAGUGGACCCCGCCUACAAACCAAGAUGGCGACGUUUGGGAAGAAUCGGCGGCUUUUCCCAUGUUCCAUUUCUACCAGGAUGAAGGGAUUGAUAUCUGCUCAGACUUUCUUGCUGGACAAUGUGCAGAGGGUGAAGGAUGCCCGCGACACCACACCAUGCUCCCCUACUGGUGGCAGAUCAGGGAGUCCGCCAGUGAUGAAUGGACGAAUGUAGAUACUUGCGCCCAGGGAGUCUUCGAGAGACUGUUUUGUGACCCCAAACGAGAAAAUGUCACUGUCUCCUAUCAGAACGUGUUGCUGAAUGUUAACUUCACCAGCAUGGAAGUCUUGUGUAACCAGCACUUUAACCGCAUACGUCGUCUUUCUACCUGCACCUCUGUCUUCCGUCCCUUCCACACCCUGUACAAGUAUUAUUAUAUGUCAGAUCACACAUGGGAGGAGUACAGUCCAAGGCUUAUUAAGCGCAUAGAGAGAGGUCUGUCGAGAGAUAAGAAGACCCUGCACUGCUCUGAGAAUGGACACAAAUACUCCCUGCACCUCUCUCUGAUGUAUCAGGUGAAUGAGGCAACGGGCAGAAAGCGGAGCAUGAGGAUGAGGCCGCUCUUUAGAUCACUAGCCUUAAUGGCACCUGAGUUACGGACUCUGCCCAGAUCCAUCCCCGGUAUUAACCCGUCUCCAUGCAGCGACCAAUCAGAUGCAGGAUAUUUGUACCCAAAGUCUUGGGUUGUAAAUAACAAUUUGUUAAUCUAUGAGAGAGUUCCACUCACCUGUGAGGAUCGAGAAUUCUUUCAUAUUUACAGAUGUUUCCACUUCACUAUGCCUGAAUCAUCUUAUCUGAUCCUGGAGAUAUUCCGAAUCCAGAACUAUUUCCAGUGGGAGCGAUACAGUCGGAAGAGGGCUCAUAUGAGACAGAAUGCAGAAGAGAAUGAGAAGAGGCUGCUGGAGAGACAUUUGUUUCAUGGCACAGACCAAGGCUCAGUUGAGGCAAUUUGCAGACAGAACUUUGACCCGCGCAUGUGUGGGAAGAAUGGGAUUUUGUAUGGUCAGGGCUGUUAUUUUGCUCGGGACGCCAGUAACUCAAACCAUUUCACUGGGGGCAGUUUGCCGGGGCAUCGCUUCAUGUUUCUGGCCAAGGUGUUGGUGGGACGUCCGUCUGUAGGACACGUAUCAUUUCGCCGACCUCCGCAAAUAAACCCCAGUGACCCGUGCAGCCCCCUCUACGACUCCUGCGUCUCCAGCGGCCGUGACCCCUCCAUCUUUGUUAUCUUUGAUAAUGACCAGUGUUUCCCAUAUUUCCUUAUCAAGUAUCAGGAGAUAAAGGACAGCGUCGCCCUCGGGUGAUAACCAGGCGUCUCUUGGCAGGAGGGAGGUAAAUUGCCCCUUUAUUUGCUGCAGUGGAGCAGCCGGAGCACCAGUGGGUCGGGGGAUUCCUUAUACCCGAGUAAACUUUACUUUCUUUUUUCAA